UCAACGAGUAGUGUUUAGUUUUGAGGUUAUGAAUUAUAGUAUUAAUAAUGUUCCAUUAAUUUAUUGAAAUUUACUAGUGUCCAUUACAUUAUAUCUUAAUUUAUUUACGAAAAGAAAUUGUACAUAUAUGACAAAAACUUCACAUUAAUGUUCUAAUGUUUCACAUCACUGCGCGUAUCGCGAUAUGUCGCAAAAAUCUAUCGUUAAGUUAGACUUUAUAAAAGAAGAACCAUGCGAGGUGCACGUGAAAAAGGAGCCAGAAGAAAGAACAGACGAGUCAGAGGAAGGAAGAGAAGAUUUAGAACAAUCUAAAACACAGUCAAUUGUGAAAAACGAAGUGCGAAUAAAAGAGGAACACGUUUGGGAGAAUGAUGAGGUUUUUGAGCCAGUGCGUGUCAAAGUUGAAGUUGAGGAAGGGCUACCUCACUUCGAGGUCCAUGUGCAGGAUACCACUGGACCGAUCUCUGAUGCAGCGACGAGUUCCGGAUCAAAGGACUGCGCCUCGAGCCUCAAACGCGAGCGUCUAGAAGAAAUCGACUCGAGAAAGAAACGUGAAUUGUCCGAACUCAUCAAAAAGGAAACUCUCCCGUGUGAAACUUGUGGCGAGCUGUUCACACUCAAAUCAAAGCUAAAAAUCCAUAUCAAAGAACACGGGAAAAAUCGCUUUAUGUGCGAUGUAUGUAAAAAAAGAUUCGAUUUCAAAUAUAAACUUAUGAACCAUUUAAGAGUACACACUGGGGAAAAGCCUUUUUCGUGUAACAUUUGUAACGAGCGCUUCAUGAGAAAAGAUAACUUAAGAGAACACAUUGCUGUUCACAAUGGGAAAUUGACAUGCGAAAUAUGCAAAAGGCAACUUAAAACUGCAAGAAGCUUAAAAAGUCAUAUGAAACUCCAUAAGGGAGAUAAACCAUUUCCGUGCGACAUGUGCACUACAUGUUUCAGUACUAGUAGAGCUUUGGAUGAACAUAAACUUAUACAUACAGGUAUAAAACAAUUCUCAUGCGACGUUUGCGGUAUGAAGUUCUUAAAAAAGAAUCCUCUAAUCAUGCAUAAACGAGUACACACUGGUGAGAAGCCGUACUCAUGUGAUAUAUGUAAUAAAUCGUUCAGAUUAAGAUAUCAGGUAAAUACUCACAAAAGAGUGCACACGGGACAGACGCCGUAUUCUUGUGGUGUAUGUAAAAAACAAUUUUCGCAUAAGAGUAAUUUGACUAAACAUGAAUUAAUACACACGGAAAACCAGCCUUAUUGCGAGAUAUGUAAGAAGCACUUUAUGCAUAAAGCGUCUUUAAUUAUUCAUUUAAGAAUACAUAGUGGAGAGAAGCCGUAUUCUUGUGAUAUAUGUAAUCGAAAAUUUAAGGAUAAAAGGUACUUACCUAGUCAUAUAAGAACGCACACUGGUGAAAAACCAUACGAAUGUGAUGUAUGCAACAUGCGGUUCACGCUAAGAACUGGUCUGAACGAGCAUAAACGAGGCCAUACGGGAGAGAAACGGCAUUCAUGUGAAGUGUGUAAAAAACAGUAUGUGGACAAAAGGACUCUUGUUAGACAUAUGCGUACUCACACUUAAUACCAAAUUAUAUAAGCAUAAUUAUAUGUACGCCUGAAUCGUGUUGAACAUGAUUAACAUUACAUAGCAUUUCCUACCUUAUUUUAUCACAAUGUUGGUAUAAAUAUGCAAAUAAAUAGUAAAUAAUAAAUAAAUAGAGCCUUGAACACCGUAGAAAGUUAGCUUGUUUAUCGGUGUUCUACAGGAUACAUUUCGGGGAGUGUGCGAUGGGAUUACAUAAUUUAAUCCCCCCAUCUCCAUUCUGCCACCGUGGGACUAGACGCGGACUUGCGUUUCACCCUUACGUCGUUACUCUGCCACUGAUUCGUACUAAGCGCUAUGCAUCCAGCUUUAUCAUGCGAACGGCUAAGGAGUGGAAUUCAAAUAUAUUCCCAGUCCACUAUAACUUGGAUCUUUUUAAAUCAAGAGUGAAUAGACAUCUUUUAGGUAAGCAUGAUCCAUCCUAGACUGCAUCGGCACUUACCAUCAGGUGAGAUUGCGGUCAAAUGCUUGCCUUUUUGUAAUAAACAAAAA